AUUUCGACACUGCAUGCUCGAAAAAUUUGCUAUAAAAUAUAGGAACGACACCUCUAAAAACUUGGACGAGUGACCGUACAGCAAAUUCGAUAGAAUGCAAAGAUCAACCUACCCCGGGGGCGCCUUCAGCGGCACCAGUUUUAAUACCGCCACCUACUCUGGCGCCAAUUUCAACGCCCAGCACUUCAGCGCUACCAGUUUUAAUUCGUCCGCUCUUGCAGGCAAUCAUUUCGACUCUGAGGGACUAAAUGAAAUGCCCUUUCUAACACAGGGUCAGUCGCCAAAAAAGUUGAUGCGGACUGUAAAUCAUCGUCGUGGAUCCAUAGGUGGGGGUAUGGAGGAUCAACAAAUGUCCAAUCACUUGACGACACCUCAGCGAGGUGGGAUGUCUUAUAGUCCACAACGCGUUCCAGAGAAGAACACUUUCAAUGGCCACUACGAGGGCGACAUAUCCAUGUUCCCGUCUGGCUCUAAGCUGGGAAACAUCAUUAGUCAGAAUGCUUCUUGUCCAUUGAUGUGCACAAUGAAUAAUCACCCCCAGCGACAGGAUAAGCACAGUAACCAGGAGCAAUUGCAUGAAACCGAUUCUGAGUCCGAAUAUUGCGCACAGCUUGAGAAAGUGCAGAGGAAGGAGAACACAGAGACGCGUUUCGGUGGCUUCUACAAUUUGCUGAUGUCUGGCAUGCAGCCGCAGCGACAGCAGCAGCUGGAGCUGGCAUUGCAGCGUUGCCAGACAAACUCCUUCUGCAAGUGUCUGCUCAUGCUGCUGCAGUUUCUCGGCUUUUUGUUAGGAAUCAUGCUCGUAUUGGGAUUACGUCUGGCUCAUGCGACCUCCAAGCUGCGCUUUCGCUUGUGGCGCAGCAAGUUCUUUCUGCGGAGCGCUAUGCGGGAACUUAUGUGGCGCAUGACUAAUGCAAAGACCAACGACACCGUGCUUUUUUUCAUUGCUGUGGUGGCGACGCCCUGGUUGUUCCUCAUCGGAUUGAUUGGCUUCGUGAUUUCGAUUUUAUUCCUAGUCCAUCAGCACCUAUCCGAGCUAUUAAAACAGCUGCGACUGCGCCUGCUCUACUGAUGUGGGUGUGGCUAUAAAAGCCAACUAUUUUACACAUGAUGUUUAAAUUCCAAACAAAGCAAACAAACUUUUAAAUACUUGAACAAAUACCAAAGCACUUACCGAAACACCCAAAUACCAAAAUACUCAUGCAUUGCAGUGCGUCUUACAAUUAGAACACAUACAAACAAAAAUAUAUUUUGUGUUGCAGCAACGAAAAAAAAAAAACAUUAUACAUUUUAAAAAGCA